CGUCUCCUUCAAGAAAUCUCAUACCACCAGUCAUGAGUAUUAACACUGUUUCUAGAAGCAAUUCUCUAUACUGAUAUUUCUUGAAAAAUAAAUCGAGCUGCUCUAAGUGUCAAGAUGGACGUGCACACUGCGUCCAACUCUCACGAGUGUUGGGAAAUCCUUCCAACAUGCAAUAUCCUCGGCCAUGCAGUGAACAUGUUAUUGCCAUGUAUGGUGUAGUAUAUGUCCCUCUUAAGUCACAUAGGAUUGCUGAUCGUAGCUUAAAGAUAUUGAUCCAUUCGAUUACAAAACCGUCCUCGAAAACAGCUCCCAAAGGUCAGUUGUUAAGAUGGCCAAAACUGGAACGACAGUCCAGCUACCAGGGGAUGAAAAGUUAUACCUGCUCCCGGAAAAUGUUAGCUACAGGUAUCUUGGCACUAAUUCCUCGAGGAACGACCUUAUCUGCGAAAUGGGAUCGGAACUAGCUCCCAAGUUAGGGAUGAAUAUGAGUUUAAGCGGUCGCUACGCUGGUAUCUCUAUAUUAUCCAACUCGCAGCACAGUUAUGAGCCUUCUUUGCAAUUUAAUAGUCUCUAUGGUAUAUACAGCCUCGAUCAACAGUCCUACAGGCUAUAUCUAGAUCGAGAUCGAUGUUACAGUUUUAUAAAUCCGGACUUUAUAAAUGCCGCGGAACAGAUGCCUUUCUGGGACGAGAGUCUGGCUACAUACCAAGUGUUCAAGUCAUUUUUUGAAGUCUGGGGCACCCAUCUCGUGGUACAGUGUCAUAUGGGCAGUCGAUAUCAACUCAAGGUUGAGCGUGAGCAGGCCUCGCAUAACAUGCGAGAUGAGUUCACUGCGCACAUCAAAGCGGAAUAUCAGGGAAUAAUGGGUGACAGCUACGGGGUGGACAACGAGGACGAAUAUAGGCAGCAUUUGAAGAUGCGUAGAACCCAGUGCAAAGUGCUCGGAGGUGAUGCUGGAUACGCUGCAAUUUUGGCGAACGAUCCCGCCAGCAAAGAAGCCUUCCAGAAUUGGCAAUCGAACCGUUGCCACACAACAGACGCUAUGACGAACAAUCAGGUCCAGAGACUCGACACAUUCUUGCAAGGGAGCAGUAACUCUCUCCAAAAGAGGAUUGGUGAAAAUCUGGCGCCAGCACUUGACUAUUUCUGCAAUUUCAUGGAAUUGACGGGAAAGCUCAAGUUCAUUCCAGUUUCAGCUCGAAACGAAAGGUUACAAUGGGCAGAAUGUAAGAUUACCUAUCUCCCAGGCAUGGAACUUAUACCGGAGAACAAAAUGGGCUGGAGGGUCACGAGAAUAUCGCCGGCACAUGUGAAAUAUGAGCAAUGCAACUCGGAUGAAGAUUAUCUUGAAGCUUCGAUUACUAUCCGAGGGCCAACUCAUAUAGUUGAUAUUUUGUUCAACGGGGGAUUGGAAAAUGGCUCGGCAAGCCUUUUUCGGUACCUUCUUCUCUCAAGUCAUGGGCCAAAGCCUGAUCAGUUUUGUACCCGUGUGAUUUCAAAGAAGCCCACAGGACAUGAGAGUGUCGUCCACGUUUCACCGUCUUUAAAAACAUGGGGUGACUUUUUGGAAUCCGAAUCGGUAGCUUAUAAACAAGGGUUGGAACAUAGCAAGGAGCAUAGGAUAGGGGAAAUUCUUCUAAGGGCUCGUUGAUCCAGUAUGGCCUCACGAAACAACCAAAUAUCAUAGGGACAGCUAACAGUAUACUACUGCAAUUUACCCCAAAGAAGACGGUAAAAGGAUGGAUAAUUUGCUUUACAAUGGUACUUUAUACGCGGAUCUAAUUGGUUGAUUUCCUGUCAGAAGGCUAGCAACACUUUUUGCUCAUAGGUACGUAUCAAAAUCUAGAACACAGCUUGCAUAGGAA